UCGAAUCAGAAUUAGUCUGAGAAUCAACGCCGUCAUCUGAGUUACUGUCGCAGCCGCGACGCGAGGAGUGGAGCAUAAAACUGAGACUGCGGGCCCCGAGUUAUUCUGGUAUGUCCUAAGAUCGAAGAUGUCCACAUUAGGUCUCUGUUCAUGUUUCUGUACGCUGGCUCUGGCUAGUUGGGCAUUUGCAAGAUCUCGACGGUUACCUCUUCCUCCAGGUCCACAAAGAAAGUUUUGGUCUGGAAAUGAGGAGAUAUUACCUUGGGACCAGCCAUGGAAAGAGUUUGCUGCCUGGUCCAAAACAUUUGGGCCCUUGAUAUACCUUUAUGCCUUUGGUCGGGACAUCCUCAUCGUCAACGAAGCUAGUGCGACUAUCGACUUGUUGGAAACAAAGUCCGCCCUUUAUGCCCGCCGUCCAACUUGGUCCAUGGUGGCUCUCACUGGACGGAAAGACAAUAUCGCAUUCAUGGAUUAUAACGAGAGGCAGAGGAAGGCCCGAGCGCUCCUUCAAGGUGCUCUUAAUCCAAGGGCCCAAAAGUCUUGGGGCCCAGUCCUCGAAGAAGAGACUACUAGCUUGAUGCUGCAGAUGGCACAAUCCCCCGAGUCAUUCAAGCAGCAUAUUCGGAGGUAUCUUGGGUCUUUUAUCACUCGAUUCACGUACGGGAGAAAAGUAGACGACUCCGAACUCAAACUAGGGGACGAAAUCUCUGUUCACACUCAACAAGCUUUGCGGCCUGGACGCUGGCUUGCUGAUACUGUGCCUCUAUUAUUGUAUUUACCAGACUGGUUCCCUGGAAUGGCUUUCAAACGAUGGGCGAGGGAUGCUAGGACAAAGUUCAUCGAGUAUACUGCGCAACCUUUUCGAGAGGCACGCAGUUCUGUCCUUGACGGUACUGCGAACCAGGGAAUGGUGCCAGACACACUCAGCGACAUCAUUUCAGGCGCGUCAAAAUAUAAGGAGGAAGAACUCGUCUCUGCAGCAGCAAGCAUUCAUACGGCCGCAAUAGAGACUACAUACGCGAUGCUUAUGAACUUCUUGAUAUUGAUAAUGGCGCAUCAAGAUGUCCAAGAAAAGGCUUUCCAAGAGAUUACGAGCGUCACUGAGUCUACCAGACAGCCCCUGCUAUCUGACAUGCCUGCGAUGCCAUACAUCGAUGCGAUAAUAAGGGAAGUUCAUCGCUUUAAUCCUGUGACACCUGUGAUCCCAAGGUCGCCCGUUCAAACCGACUCGUACAAGGGCUACCGUAUCCCACAAGAUACUUGGGUGAUGUUCAACAUUUGGGCGAUGACUCACGACGCAAACAUCUACCAAGAUCCUCAUAAAUUCAUACCUGAGCGUCAUUUACCUUUGGGGCAUGAAAACAGCGCGAAGGAUCCUCGAGAUUUCACAUUUGGAUUUGGAAAGAGAAUAUGCCCCGGAUUGAACCUCGCAAACGCACAGAUAUUCUUAUUCGUCAGUCAACUGCUGGCUACUUUCGAAAUCAGACCACCAUUGAAAGAUGAUGGCAACGAAGAAGAGGUGGUCAUCGAAUAUUCGUCCAGUUUUGUGAGCCUUCCAUUACCAUUCAAGUGUCGUCUCAUACCGCGUAGUGCAAAUGUGAUUCUAUAUUGAACUUCUUUUUUUGCGGAUGAACGUUGGGAUUUGUACAUAACCGCCUGAUUGGGUUAUAUGUUUUCUGCGUGCAGGACCGAAUAACGUGCAUCAGUUACCACCGGGAGGUCUAGGUUACGUUUGAACUAGGUUCGAAACCUGUCGAUAAUGUACUUAUGAUAAUCGGAGGUUUAUUUGUUUGUGUUGAAGGAGAUGUUCUGAAAGAUGAGCAUGUGGGAGGUUGCUAUUAAUCG